GCCAUAUUCUACUUAUGCUCCCUCCCACUAUUGACACGUCCACUUCUCUAAAUUCUUAAAAUCCUCGCUAUAUCCUCUCAUGGCGAAGAAGGCAGUGCUGAUCGGCUGCAACUAUCCGGGCACAAAGGCAGAGCUCAAAGGAUGCAUCAACGACGUCCAACGGAUGUACGCUUGUUUAAUCGACCGUUACGGCUUCUCUGAGGAUGACAUCACCACCUUGAUCGACACUGAUUCUUCCUACAGUCAGCCCACUGGCCGGAACAUCCGCCGUGCUCUCUCGGAUCUGAUCAGAUCAGCUAGCCCUGGCGACAUCCUCUUUGUCCACUACAGCGGCCAUGGAACUCGCCUCCCGGCUGAGACCGGCGAGGACGAUGAUACCGGCUAUGAUGAGUGUAUUGUCCCUUGUGAUAUGAACCUAAUUACUGAUGAUGACAUGAGAGACUUGGUUGAUCGGGUACCUGAAGGAUGUCGGAUCACAAUUGUUUCGGAUUCGUGCCAUAGUGGUGGCCUAAUUGACGAGGCCAAAGAGCAAAUUGGAGAGAGCACCAAAAGAUCUUCUUCUCACGCCCAGAGGAAUGAAGAUGAGGGGGGCUUUGGGUUUAGGGAUUUUUUGCAUGAAAAAGUCCGAGAUGCGUUGGAGUCCCGUGGUAUUCAUGGAUUUAGAGGCCACCACCGGAGAGAAGAAGAAGCAGAAGAGGAAGAAGGAGUAGGAGAGGAAUCUGGAUUUACGAGCAGAUCUUUGCCGCUCUCGACCCUUAUUGAUAUACUCAAGCAGAAGACUGGCAAGGAGGAUAUUGAUGUGGGAAAGCUAAGGCCCACGCUGUUUGACAUUUUUGGAGAGGAUGCUAGUCCUAAGGUGAAGAAGUUUAUGAAGGUUAUCAUGAACAGACUCCAGGAGCAUGGUGCUGGAGGCGAGUCUGGUGGUGGAUUUAUGGGGAUGGUUGGAAGUUUGGCUCAUCAGUUCCUCCAGCAGAAGCUGGAGGAAAAUGAUGAGGAUUAUGUGAAACCUGCAUUGGAAACACACGUCGGGAGCAAGCAGGAGGCUUAUGCUGGUGCAACCAAAAGGGAACUUCCUGAUAGUGGCAUUCUGAUCAGUGGAUGUCAAACCUUUCAAACAUCUGCGGAUGCUACCCCUCAGGGUCACAAUAGUGAUUCUUACGGGGCUCUCAGCAAUGCCAUUCAAACCAUAAUUGCUAAGUCAGAUGGUGUCAUUACAAAUCAGGAACUUGUGUUGAAGACCAGGGAGUUGCUGAAAAGACAGGGCUUCACUCAGCAGCCAGGCCUCUAUUGCAGCGACCAUCAUGUUGAUGCUCCUUUUGUGUGCUAGCUGUGGCCUAAUUUUUCUAAGAUCAAAAAAUUGCUGCAAUAUAAUAAAAUGUAAACUGAACAAGAGUGUUGAGUUUGUUUGGCAUGUGGUUGUGUUUGGUUUAGUUGCUUUGGAGGAUAAAUACUUAAUGUUGCAUUCAGCUGAUGUGUUGUAACCGCAAAUUUAAAUUAGUUGUAUUUAUUCCAAAACCCAGGACUUGUGGCUUGUAAAUUAUACUGCAGUUUUUUUCAAGCACUUAAUUGCAAUAUGGGUUAUGAUGAUAA